CUUAUCUGGGACAGCGAUGUGAACCGUGCCUCCGGCGGCCAGUACGCGCUCAACCUGCAGGGUCAGAUAGCACAGAGCGCCGUCAGUCAACACCGGGACCUGGCUAGUGCCAACCUGUUCACCUACAUGGACGAGGGUGCACUUCUCACCAGGAACACCUACAGCGCGUACGUGGCGCUUUUCGACAACUACGUGGCCUCAACAGGAACCAAUGAAGUGGUGACGUCAGCAGAGACAGCUGAGAUCAAUGCCUUCAUCAACCUUAUCCAAAGCACUGACGUCAUCAUCAAGCUGCAUGAGUUCCUGUCAUACAAGGGUCUGGCAAGUUCCAACAUGGCCACGUUCAUGGCCGACCUGAAGGAGAUGUGGUUCGGGCUGUACUCGCGGUCUAGCGGGGCAGCCAUGGACUCUAGCGGCUUCGAGCACGUGUUUCUCGGCGAGUUUAAGAACGGCAAGGUCUCGGGAUUCCACAACUGGAUCACCAUGUACCUGUUAGAGAGAGACGGAGAUGCCAACUACUAUGGUUACAUCUGGGACAAGCAGCCUGGCAUCCUGGCAGUCCAAGUCCGCUGGGGUUCCCUGUACAAGGACCUGGGGUCCAUGUUCUACGGCACCAGUCCGGAGUUUGACCUGGCCAUGUACACCAUGUGCUACGUCACCAGUCCGGACAGCCUGUGCCGUUUUAACAUGGCGGGCGCGUCCGUGGCCAUCCAGACAUGGAGUUGGGCCAACUCCAGUUAUGGAGGCGGGAAACGGUACCUAGCGUCCGCCUAUCCAGCCUAGGGCUUCGGAGACACCGAUUCCAGCCUGCCAAUGUUGGCCUAAACAUAUUUGAUGAAGUUUGAAAAUCUCCGAUUAUAAAAUAAAAUGUUGAAUAAAAAGUGCAAUGGC